GAUCAACCAACCCGGUUUAUUACGCACCUGCGCAGUGCUGUGCAUACCAACACUGAUGCGAAGAGUUUGACGGCGUAGACGAAAAACACAUCUUCGGCAUCAAAAUGAUGCUCUCAAGGCAAAAGCCGGCCAUUGGGCCUGGCUCAACUACACCUGCAAAAGAAAACAAGAAAAAGAAGAAGUUACCAAAACUAGAAGAUUUCCUGAGCUCAAGAGAUUAUACUGGGGCCAUUACUCUAUCAGAGUUCAACAGAAUAAGUGGAAAAGGAAAUGAAGAAACAGACCUGUGGAUAGCCUAUUGUGCAUUUCACUUGGGUGAUUACAAACGUGCCAUGGAGGAAUAUGAGAGAAUGACAAAGCAUGAUGGUUGCCAUCCAGAUGUAUGGAUCAAUCUGGCCUGUUGUUAUUUUUUCCUUGGGAUGUAUUCAGAAUCAGAUAAGGCUGCCCAAAGAGUUCUAGACCCCAAUGAACCGUUAGAGACUAAACUAUCCUAUUGUCCAAAGAGCAGACUUCAGAACCGUUUAGGUUUUCAUCUGUCUCAUAAGUUCAACGAAGAGAAGCGUCUUAUGUCCUACCACCAGAACCUGCAGGACAUUGUAGAGGACCAGCUGUCUCUGGCCUCCAUACACUACCUCCGCAGUCAUUACCAGGAGGCCAUUGACAUCUACAAGAGGAUCCUUCUAGACAACAGAGACUACCUGGCCCUGAAUGUGUAUGUGGCCCUGUGUUACUACAAACUGGACUACUAUGAUGUCUCACAGGAGGUGCUAGCCGUGUACCUACAACAGUACCCUGACAGUGCCAUAGCCCUAAAUCUAAAGGCCUGUAAUCACUUCAGGCUCUACAAUGGAAAGGCCGCAGAGGCCGAGUUAAAGAGUCUACAAGAAAUGUCAACGCCAUCAUUUGUGUUCGCGAGAGAUCUCAUCAAACAUAACAUGGUUGUAUUCCGUGGAGGAGAAGGGUCCUUACAAGUACUGCCCCCUCUGAUAGAUGUCAUUCCAGAGGCUCGACUCAACCUGGUUAUCUAUCAUCUGAAACAAGAUGAUAUUGCUGAGGCUUACAAUCUGAUUAAGGAGCUUGAACCGACAACCCCACAGGAGUACAUACUUAAGGGUGUGGUCAAUGCUGCCCUGGGGCAGGAGCAGGGAUCGAAGGAGCACCUGAAGAUUGCCCAGCAGUAUUUCCAGCUAGUUGGGGGAUCAGCCAGUGAAUGUGAUACCAUCCCUGGGAGACAGUGUAUGGCCUCCUGUUUCUUCAUUCUCCGGCAGUUUGAGGACGUCUUAAUCUAUCUCAAUUCGGUCAAGAGCUAUUUCUACAAUGACGACCUUUUCAACUUCAACUACGCUCAGGCCAAAGCCGCAGUUGGAAACUACAAAGAGGCAGAGGAGGUGUUCCUGUUGAUACAGACAGAGAAGAUCAAAAAUGAUUAUACCUAUCUCAGCUGGCUGGCUAGAUGUUAUAUCAUGAACAGGAAGGCACGCCUAGCGUGGGAGUUGUACCUUAAGAUGGAGACAUCGGGCGAAUCCUUCAGUCUGCUUCAGCUCAUCGCAAACGACUGCUACAAGAUGGGUCAGUUUUACUAUGCUGCCAAAUCUUUUGACGUACUGGAGCGACUCGACCCUAACCCAGAGUACUGGGAGGGUAAGCGAGGUGCUUGUGUGGGUGUGUUCCAAUUGAUCAUUGCGGGACAUGAACCAAGAGAUACUCUGAGAGAUGUCAUCAACAUGUUGAGGAACUCGAGCAACCCUCAGGUGGAGUACAUGGUCAGGACCAUGAAAAAGUGGGCCAAAGAAAACUUAGUGGCCCUCCCUUAGGAUCACACUAGACAUCAGGAGCGACCAUAUCAUUAUCAAACUUUGCAUCUGUGAUAAUUAUAAAAUGACACCUACACUCUGUAGGAGAGGACACAGCAAAUCUACACCUUUGAUAUGUUACAAGUUUGAAUCUAAUUAAAUUGCACAUUGAGGUUUAUUAGACUUUCAAUGGCAAUUUAUACAUGUAGAUUGUUAUGUCUUAAAGCAUUAGAUACAUGUGAUAAGAUACCCUACAGCUGUGUGUAGGACUGCCUUCACUGUGGUGUAGGAGGAAGCUGAUUUAAACAAAAGAUCUACGAUUGGAAUAUAUUUGUUCCAUAAAAUAAGCAUGUAUCCGUUGAUGACAUUCGUUGUAAUCUCGGCUAUUUUGUACGACUUUGGCUGAUGAUGUUGACAUCAGCCAUCCAAAUGGUAUUGAUAAAAUGAGUUUUUAAGAUAAAAAUUCUAUAAAACCCUGUAAUUAACAUUAACUUGUGAACUAUACUGUGUCUAGUAAAUAUAGGUAGUACAUUGUUUGAUAUUUCAAUUGAAUGGGUGGAAGCAUGUCUCAUAGAUCUACAACUUUUUCAAUUAUUUUAGUUGAUUUUCUUUUGAAUCUCUUGUGCGAUGCAAUACUUUACACUGUUUAACACAUUCUAAAUACACUUGAUCAGUACGUGUGUACUAAAGAAGAGUUUACGUACAGAGGAACUGCAUGAGGACAAGAAAUGACAGAUGUUCAGAUUAGGGAGGUUGUGAAUUGUUAAGAUUGAGUGUAGUUUUUACUCUAACUGAUACUAGGCAGCAACA